AUGUCUCGAGACGAGAAAAACCAGCUGCUCAUCACCAACUUGUGGCUCAAAUUGGAAUGGAACGACGUCAAUAUGAGGUGGAACGUUUCACAGUAUGGUGGAGUCAAAGAUUUGAGAAUUCCACCUCACAGAUUGUGGAAGCCUGAUGUUCUUAUGUACAACAGUGCUGAUGAGGGCUUUGAUGGUACCUACCCGACAAAUGUUGUCGUCAAAGACAACGGUACGUGUCUUUAUGUACCACCUGGAAUUUUCAAAAGCACCUGUAAAAUUGACAUUACUUGGUUUCCUUUUGAUGAUCAACGAUGUGAAAUGAAAUUUGGUUCAUGGACAUAUGAUGGUUUUCAGUUGGAUCUACAGCUUCAAGAUGAAGCAGGUGGUGACAUCAGUAGUUUCAUUACGAAUGGCGAAUGGGAUUUACUAGGUGUACCGGGUAAAAGAAACGUGAUUUAUUACAAUUGUUGUCCAGAGCCUUACAUUGACAUAACAUUUGUCGUAAUAAUUAGAAGAAGAACACUCUAUUAUUUCUUCAAUUUAAUUGUACCGUGUGUACUAAUUGCCAGUAUGGCUGUACUUGGUUUUACUCUACCACCAGAUUCUGGUGAAAAAUUAUCAUUGGGAGUUACAAUUCUCUUGUCCCUCACAGUGUUUUUAAACAUGGUGGCCGAAACAAUGCCAGCAACGUCCGAUGCUGUUCCACUUGCAGGUACAUACUUCAAUUGUAUCAUGUUCAUGGUUGCCAGUAGCGUGGUCAGCACAAUUCUCAUUUUGAAUUAUCAUCAUCGUAAUUCUGACACACAUGAAAUGUCUGAAUGGGUCAGAACAUUAUUUCUAACUUGGCUGCCUUGUUUAUUGAGAAUGAACAGGCCGGUUGACAAAGAUGAAGACGGUCAAAAAUCACAAAAACCAUCACCAGUUACUGGUGCAACAAAAGCAUAUGGUGAUCUUGAGUUACCCCAAAGAAGCAGUAAAUCAUUAUUAGCAAAUGUAUUAGAUUUGGAAGACAAUGCAUUGGCAUCACACAACAAUUUGUUGAAUAAUGUUUACAGUACACCUGGUCCACAUCAUCAUACAAUGGGACAUGGACAUAGUCAUAUACAUACAACACCACAUCAUCAUCAUCAUACACCAGCACCAACGCCACAUCAUCAACACUCAACACCAUUACCACAUUCAUCAUAUCCAUCUCAUACAUUAAGUCAUACACCUCAUCAUCAUCAACAUCAACAAGAUGGUACUGCACCACAAGUUGAAACAAUACUACAAAGUACAUGUUUCUGUGCAAGAUAUGAAUUAAUAUUGAUACUCAAAGAAAUUAAGAUAAUUACGGAUCAGCUUAAGGCCGCUGAUGAAGAUACUAAAAUAACAAAUGACUGGAAAUUUGCGGCAAUGGUGAUAGACAGGAUGUGCCUAAUCAUUUUUACUCUGUUCACCAUAAUUGCAACAAUCACCGUCCUAUUCUCGGCGCCUCACAUCAUUGUUACGUGAUUAAUAAAUAUAAAUAAUAUAAUAAUAUUUAAAAAAUUUAAUAAAAAAUUAAUAAUCACGUUUUAUAAUAACGUGAAAAAGCUCAGCAUCGUAUUUCACAUAUUAUAAAUACGAAUAUUGGUUGUUACGGGUCGUCGUUUGUAGCCGUGCCGCAGUCACGUUCACUUUUUUUAUGCUUGUAAAACAAAGCCAAAUUUAAACAAAAAAAAAAAACAAAUAAAACCACAAAAAAAAACUUUAAAAUGAUAAUUAAAAAAUGAAAAAUUGGAUAAAUAAAUUAUAUAUUAUAUAAUAUAGAUAAUAAUUUAUAUUAAUGUACUUAAAUUAGGUACAACAUACUUUGAAAUAAAUAAAAUAAAUUGAAUUAUUAAUAAUUUAAUAAUUUAAACGGGAAAAUAACGGACGACAUGGUGUUAUUAAUAGAAAAGCAAUACACGAAGUACUUAUUGUUCUGCAAUUUCAUCAGCCAUAUUUUUUUUCUAUCAGUACUUCAGAUAAACAAAAGAAAGAAGUAAUGAAAAAACAAAAAAAAAAAUCAAUACCACCUUAGAA